CGAUUCCUCGCAUCAUUUCAAGCCUGUUGAAAGUUAUCGAUUGUUCACUAUCGCUCAUCGCUAAGCAGCAUUGCACCGCGCAAAAAAAAGUGACGCGCAACUUCUUUCAAUUUCAACGAUUUGUGAAAAAGCGUGUGACGAAAACCUGCGAUUAUGGCCGACAUUGACAAUUUAGAUUCACUAUCGAAUGCCGAAUUGCGCGCACAGAUGAUCGCCCAGGGACUGCCGAAUAUGCCCAUAACUGAUAGCAGCCGCAAAGUGCUCGUCAAACGUUUGCGUACCUCACUUGGAGGCAACGCCGCAUCGUCGGCAGCCGCCAGUCCCAAGAAAGCCGGCAAUCGCCGUGAGACCAUGCAGCCAGUUGCUGCCACUGCCGCUGAUCAGGUGGAUAAAUCGGAUGGCUUGGCAAAGACACGCCGCAGCAUUGCAUUCCCGGCCAGCGACACCAAAGAGGCCGAACGACGCCGCAAGCCGGAAACUGUUGCAGCUCCGCCCCGUGAGUCCGAGGCCGUUAAACCAGCUGCUGUAGCAGCAAAGGCCGCGCCCAUUCAAACACGUCGCACCUCCAAUACGGAGCACCGUGAGAUGCAUGUCGAACGUGUCGUAAAGAAGCCCGAAACUAUAGUCGAGGAGACAAUGGCAACAACCGCAACAACAGCAACAAAAGUGACAAAACAACACAAGGGGGAAAGCGCUUUGGAAGUCAACUCGCUGAUCAUACUGGAAUCCGAUGAAGAGGUGGAGGAGCAGAUGUCGCGUGCAUUAAACCGUGCCGAGGAACAAUUGGUGUUCAAACAGAAGACAGUUAAGCCCACAUCUAAGCUGACCACAACCACAACAAGCACUCAAUAUGUUGGUGACUCGCUGUAUCCCUCCCUGGAGUCUACUCGGGAGCGCAUAAGACAGCAACCGCUGGAGCGCCCUAGCUUGAGGUAUGAGCAGGCGCCAAUCUCUUACAGCCAGGCGGCACCCAUAACAACAAGCACCCAUCAAUCCCAUCAAUAUAUUAGCAGCGAUCCACUUUAUCCCACACGGGAGCAGAAAAACCAACAGCCACUGGAGCGCUCUAGUCUGAAUUAUGAACAGCAGGCGCCCAUCUCUCAUCUCUCACAGGCGCCUCGCAUUACUGGGGCCAGUUCGUAUGCGUCAAGUGGGCGUUACAGCAGCUACUUGAGCCCGCAGACAGUCCCAGUCAAAUCCACAACCUCAGCUGCUGCUCCAACUGCUACCAGCUAUCGUCGCUCACCGCCGCGCAACUAUACCACAGAAUUUAGCGAUGACACCGCCGAUGACGAACCUCUCUCCCAGGGAGGUCACUUUGAGAGUGAUUUCGCCCGCAAUUUGGCGCGCUUGCGAGCCGAACGCAUUGGCGAUCGCGGCAACUCCAUCAAUAGGCGCAUCACUGGUGGUCGUCGCUCCCUACGCCCAGAACAUGAGUCGACAUCCGUUGUACUGGGACGCUGGUGGCAGAGCCUCGAUCGCAAAUACAAUCUCAAGUCGAAGUUGUUUAUAUCGAUGGUGGCACUGCUGCUCUAUGUCGCUUAUCGCGUCUACUACUGAUUGAGAUGAAUCUGGCUGUGCCAUAGCGAAGCAGAAUACUCCAAUUGUCAGAAUUUCGUUAGUAUUUAGUAUUGUUGCAAGUUCAGUUUCAAUUGAUUUACCAUAUAUUCCUUUUAAAUAACAAACAAAAAUAUUUACUGUAUGUAUGUUUGUGUGAUCGCUCGAAAUUUAGGAAUUUUUUAAUCUAAAUCUAAAUUGGAAUCGCCCUUAAUUUAAAUUCUAGUUUCUUACAUUCUUAACAAACUUGCUCUUACACAGCACAAAUAAUGUUCAACAUAUUUAAAUCAUUAAUUUCUGAUUAAUUGCAUACAAAAAUAACACCACACACAAAUCAUAUAUUAUAAAUUAGAUAUAGUUUUGGAACCAAAGCGAUCGGGCGAUCGGGCGAUCACCGUAUGUAUCUGUUAUAACAUCUUAAUUCAUAUGUUUAUACUACGAUUUGUUCCACAUAAUUUUGUCAAGCACUGUGAGUGUUGCUACAUGUUUCCAAGUAUCAAUAAUAAAAAAUCAAAAGAACGCUGUAACUUAAAUA